CUCACGUCUGCCGAAGAAAGAAGAACACCUGUCCGGGGACACAUGUCACGUGCAUCACGGACUUCGUCGCUUGAUAUUGCGAAAAUGUUCAUGCCAAGGUCGUGCUCCCGGUGAUUUUGCAAAAUUGGAUCAACAUCAGAACCCGUUUGGAUCAACAGCACUCGGUAUUCAGUGUGUGAGCAUCAAUAGCGAGUGACGAAGGAUUUUUAAGAUGAGCAAUCCUACGAAUUCCUUUGAGGUUUUGGUAGACCAGCUGGGAGACCCGGGGCGGUUCCAGGUGCUGAUGUUGUUGUUGAUGUACGUGCAGGAAAUCCCAGUUGUCUGGGCGACGCUGAUGAUGUCAUUUUCGGGCAAGGUGCCAGAUUGGUGGUGCCGAGAUAAUGGAACCAAUAUUACAUCUGUGGGAUGCUCCGAUUGUCUCAACGACACCUACAAAUAUUGCCCUGCCAACCAAUCAACUUGUAGCAAUAUUUAUUUUGACCCUAUGAUGACAACUGUAGUCAGUAAGUGGAGCCUCGUGUGCGACAGCAAGACCGUCACCGCCACAAUGACGUCAAUCCAGAUGGCCGGGAACUUGGUGGGCGCCAUUGUUUCUGGUCAGAUCUCAGAUGUAUAUGGACGCAAAGUUGCCCUGUACCUAAGUCUUCUCAUACUCACCAUCUCCUGCAUCAUCGCAGGGUUUGCGACUUCGUGGCAAAUGUUUUCUGUCUGCUCCUUCUUCAUUGGCAUCGCCUGUGGAGGAUAUCUCGUCACCUACUUCCCGCUUGCCGCCGAGUUCGUCCGAGCAAGAUGGCGGACCGCCGUCGCCUGCUUCCCCUUCUGGUCGCUGGGAUUCGCUCUGUUUGGUCUUCUGGCAUGGCCUGUGCAUGAUUUCAGAUACUUAUGUUUCAUCAUAGCGGCCCUGGAGGCACCAUUCUUGUUCACAUACAGGUAUUUCCCAGAGAGCAUUCGAUGGCAGUUAUCACGUGGCCGUGUCUAUGAGGCGGAGAAGACAAUUGUCCGGAUUGUUAAGAUGAACCGGAUUAAAAUGCCGGACCUAAGCCAAUUGCAUUGUUUAGCCGAACGAGAGAAGACAGUUCUCGCCUUUCAAAAGAACUAUACAUUCGUUCACCUGUAUUCCUCGCUGUGGAGGGUGAAAAAAACGGCUGUAUUUCAAGCAAUGUGGUGUAUAUCUAGUAUCGUGUAUUACGGGUUGUCCUUCGGAGCUCGGAACUUGGUCGGAAACAUCUACCUCAACAUUUCCCUGUCGGGUCUCGCAGAGUUGCCAAGAAUCCCAGUGAUAAUAUUUCUAAAUGACAGGAUCGGGCGCCGAUGGACGUGCUUCUGUUUCUACCUGCUGUGUGCCCUGGCUUGUUUCGUCGUGGCCGUGUGCGCCGCCGAGGGUGUAGAUGGUUUGGCGAAUAUCAACUUUGCAAUGGUCUUGACUGCCAAGAUGGCGAUCACAGCUGGUUGGGCAGCCCUGAAGGUCUACACUGCUGAACAUUACCCGACUGUCAUUAGAACUCUUGGAUUAGGAGCGUGCAACAUUGCAGCCGGCAUUGGAAGCAUCAUUGCACCUUAUUUGGUCUUAAUGACCGAACAAAACCUUGUGGUGCCUUACAUUGUCAUUGGGAUCCUAGUUGUCGCCAACGCCGGACUGCCGUUCCUGUUGAAGGAGACGGUCAAUCAGCCUCUUGAGGACACAUUCAUCGAGGACCAUCUGACCACUGACAGAAGUGGUCUUUCAGCCAGCAGUCAAACAGAGCCUGCAGAGAGUAUUUAAAGAUUUACUGAUUUGACAUUCUGGCGUAUCUGUCUGACCUGUGUCUGGCUUGGUUUGGCGGCAUAACAACGGUUGAAGAACAUGGCCCCUACGAGAAUGUUCCCGCUUGGAUCUGCCUGUCAGGGGUUCAAAUCUUAUAUUCUCACUAAUUAUGAUCCUUUUGAAAGCACCAUUCCCGGAGUGGUUUGUUUGUUCGAAGUGGUAAGCUUCACCUCGGGCAUUCCUCCAACAUCAAGCUGGCCGCCCUGAAAUAGCUGAAAUAUUGUUGACAGUGGCAUUAAACUCAACUUACACUUGAUGUUAGGGGUAAUUACAACAACAAUAUAGAAAAAGUUGCUAAAAAUAUCCGAAGAAUCUGUCGCCUGGGGUGAUGCCUAAGUAGUUCACAUAUGCUGUUUUAAAGGAAGCCAUCGACCGAUAACCAAAGACUGGAAGACCUGAUGUAAUGGACACCUUAAAUACAUUUGGGAUAAAACAACACUUGGAUUACUUCGAUAUUCAAGUUCAUUUCAAGUUGAUUACUCAAGAGAUAUCCAUCAAUGUUGUAUUAUUUCGUGUGUUGGUUGGGGUACGGUGGCCCAGUUAUCGGAGGCGUUACAUUCAGCUGCGAUGUUGAGGCUGCCAGAAACCCCCGAUCGUGAGUUCGAAUCCCAGUUUGCUAUGAUUAUUUUUCUAGGUUUGACAUCCCCUUACCCGUGCUUGCGGCUUUCAUCACAGUGGUAAACGUCUUAGAUCUGAAUCGCGUCCUCCUUUCCUCCCACAUCAAGUUGACAAGCCAUUAAAUUAUCGGAAUAUAGUUCAAAGCGACAUUAAACCAAACAGUCAACAUUUGAUUGACAUAUCAGAGGUCCGGUAAGGUAAUAAGAUAUUUAUACGGGUGACCAUUAGUUUAUUUGCGCUGCUGCAAGCGCCUUUAUCAAGCCUGUAGGCAUAAAAUGUCCUUUGAUUGCUGAGCCUGCCUCCGCAUAGGAAACCCGAAAACACAAAAACAAUGUGAUAAUGCCUUAGCAUCAAACAUUUGACAAAUAAAUUCAGACAUAGUACUCUAUGAUACUCAGAAUGCAAUAAGACUGAUAUAUGUUUCAAUGAUGUUACCGUUUUCUCCCUGAAGUAACAAUACUGACACAACAAACCAUUUCUGAAAGUAUCGACUUGAUGCAAUGAUGAACAAUAGUGUAAUAGUGUGUAAUGGUUAGACAGCCCUACAUUAUGUUGAAACAGACCAUAGU